UACUACAGUUAACUUUUGAAUUCGAAACGCGCAUUAAUUUUGCAUUAGAGUUAUUUAGUUCAUUUGUUAAGCAAAAAUGAUGUUAACAAUAUUUGGUAUACCUCAAAUGAUUACCUACAAAGAUUUGAAAAAGAUAAUCCAAGAGGAAUUUUGCGUUAGCGAAUUUGUGUAGCGAAUCAGUGGCUUCAUACAAACCUCGAAUAGUAAGAAAAAAAUAAAGAUAUGUGUACCUGAUGGAAUUGAGGCUGACUUGAUGAGAAAAAAACUGGACGGUUACAAACUGGCUAAUAACACACUGUCUGUAGCUCGAGUAGCGCCAAAAAUAGACAUUGUGCAACAAAGUAGUGUUUAUACCGAACAGAUUGAUAAUCAAGUGAACAGUUCUGUCAAAGCUUAUAUAAAAUUAAAACAGUUUCCAUCUGAAAUUAUACCCAGAAAUAAAAAGAGAAACAAACGUAAACGGAGCAACCAACAGUGUUUAGCAGCAAAACAAGCUACCAUGAGUAAUUUAAUAAAACAAACACCUAACAUUAUUUCCGAUUUGGUUGCAAAAUGUCCAAUACAAUGUGAACCGGACUUGCCUAAGGGUCCAGAACAAAGUAAUCCAAUCAGACCAACUUCUGAACAUGCACAAGAAGUUACCCCUUGUGUGAAUCGUAAGCGAUCUCAAGACAUGACGAAAUCCGAUGAACUUGUAUUGGAUAUGUUAAAUCAGAAACAAACAAUGUGGGAUAUUCCAAUUACAAUUAUAGAGGAAGAAUUUAUACAUGCAGUAAUAACUAGUGGUCUUACUGGUCAUCUUUGCCAAGAUGCAGUGGAUUUAGUUCUGAAAUCUAUUCAAAUUAAGUUGAUAGAGGAUUCUAAGGUGGAAUCAAUAGAUAUACCUGUCUUUAGAAAAAAUCCGAUAACCAAAGAUGGGGUUGUUAAUUUAUUUUGUGAGGAUCAGAAAUCUUUUAACUGGCUCGAAAUGGUUGUUGUGAAUCCAGAUUUAAUGGGAGGUAUGCCGUUGGUUAUAAACAGGGUUGACGCUAAGGGGAAGUUUUUGUGUGCGAUUAUAAUACCUGAUAGAGAUAAUAUAUUGAAGAAUCCACGUUUUAUAUUACGCUUGUUGAUGCGACAGAAUUGUUGGAUCGAUGUGAAAAGUUGGCAGUUUGUCGGAAGUGAACCACAGUCGGGGAAUUAUUUCAUGAAAGUGUUAGUUCCUAAGGAACAUUUGGAUAUAUUAGUUAGUAGGGGACGUAGACUGGCAUACUCUAUAAGCUCUGUGUAUAUUAAGUUUUUAGGACAAGCUCAGAGAUUAAUGUUUAAGAUGUAUCAGUCUUUGUGAUUGUUAAAGUUUUGAGUUAAACUAAUAAAA